UUGGAAUUCAGUCCCAACACUUUUGGAAGUUGGUAGCCGAGUGCUAUGGUUUGUUGGUAGUUGUGAGUAAUAGAAGUUUAAACUCACCGCGUUGUCUACGUUUCGCAGCCCCACAGUAAAAGUUUUAACGGCAUUUUUUAUCACAUAUUAUACGAACUUCUAAAAAUGCCAAAACGAAAAGGUUUUGUAUGGAAAUUUUACACAGAAAUAAAGACAACCAAAUUUAUUUUAAAUGUCAGUAUUGCGGAGUGAUUUACACGAAAAAUGCAACUCGACAAAAAAGGCAUUUAGAAGAGUAUUGCUUGAAAUGCUCUCAAACUGUUAAGGACCUGUUAAGAAAAGAAAAAAGUGAACCUUUGUUGGACAUUGACGACAAAUGGAAUGGUAACGGAUUAGAUGUCGAUACGGUUCGCUUCAAUAAAAAGAUUGCUGCAUCAGCGUCAGGUUGUGUAAACAAUAAUGUGACAUCUGCACAUGGUCAUAAUUCCAAUACCCAAUCUAAAGAAGAAAAUGGCAAUGACUCGACAUCUACAAUUAAAAAGUCUCAACAUCAUAAACCCCUGCAAGAAAGAAAAGGCACAUUUCGAAAUGAUAAGAGAUUUUUUAAUUUAAAGACAUAUAUUGAUUCUAUGAGACCAGAUGAGCAAGAAAGUUUAGAUGAAAAACUCGCUAGAGCAAUAUUUUCAUCUGAUUGUGUAUUACCAGUGCUUGAAAAUCGAUAUUGGAUUGAUUUCUUUCAAGAGUUACGACCAUCAUGGAAACUACCAUCUGCUUAUAAAAUUGGUAAUCCUCUUUUAAACGCUGAGCAUGACAGAAUUGAAUUAGCAGUUAAUGAAGCUAUUGCAAAAUCGGGUGCAAUCGGAAUUCAAUGUGAUGGUUGGAGCGACAUUCGAAAUAAUUCAAUCGUUAAUUUCGUUGUCACGACCCCCGAAACAUUCCUCUAUAAAACGAAAGAUACGAAAGGAGAGUCUCACACGGGAGAAUACAUGGUAAAGUUAAUUAUUGAGGUAAUUGAAGAAAUCGGCCCUAAAAAGGUAUUAACUGUACUUACAGAUGGGGCUUUGAAUAUGGUGAAAGCUCGAGAACUUGUUAAAACAGUAUACUCAUAUAUUUACGUUUAUGGUUGUGUGGCACAUUGUUUGAAUUUAGUAAUAAAAGAUAUAAAUAAAUUUCACUUAUAUUUAAAGAGGUACAGUCUUCUGCUGCUGAAAUUGUUAAGAAUAUAAAUUCUUCUCAUGCAAUUAAAGCCGAAUUUAUUUGAAUUCAAGAAGAAAAAAAAGCAAAAAGUCAUAUCAUUAAAAUUAUCCGGAAAAACAAGAUGAGGAUCGACACUCUUUUGCAUCGAGAGUUUAUUAUAUAACAAAAUGGCUCUGAAAACAUUAGCAAUAUCAGACAAUGUACUGUUAAAAUACGAAGUAAAGAUAGAUAUUUUAAACGAGACUUUCUGGUGUGGACUUCUAAGUCUCCAUGAGCUUCUCGCACCAGUCGUUAAAUGGAUAACAAUUUUGGAAGGUGAUAGGUGCAUAAUCAGCUCAGUUCCUAGAGCUUGGAAGGAAAUAAAAACAACAUACGAAGAACUGCUCGAUGAUUCUCCAUUGCCGCUUAACGAAUGUGCCCACCUAAAACUAUUAAUGAAAGAAAGAAGCAAUUUAUCGAUGCAGCCAAUUCACUUCGCAGCUAAUAUUUUGGAUCUGAAAUUCAAUGGCAAACAUUUAACUCGAGAACAAAAAGUAUUAGGAACAGAACUAAUUCACGAUCGUGCAGUUUAUCAAUAUCCAGAAGAUACUCACUCUGUGGAACAAAUCCUAACAGAUCUGGCCUACUAUAAACAGAGUGAAGGUUCUUUUGCUAAACCAUUUGUUCAAAAAACCAUUAAGACGUUACCAGCCAUAAUGUGGUGGAGAAGCAACUGUGAACCAAAAUUAUGUUCAAUCGCAAUUGACAUACUUAGUAUGCCAGCCACAAGUGCUGCAACAGCACGAAGUUUUAGUAGAUACGGAAAUGUGCAUACUAAAAAGAGAAAUCGCUUAUUAAGUGACAGAGCAGGAAAACUUACAUUUGUUUCAUUUAAUUUGAAAAUUGAAACAUUUAAGGAAAAUCGUCAGAGUGGAAAACAGAAGAGAAUUAUGUUUGUAACUCCUUGGAACGGUAAGGAAUUUGGGCUUCGUGCGGAAGAAUUGGAAGCAAAACAUUUAGAAUUAGAAGUAGAAUAUUCAGACUUUGAAACAGAAUAUUCAGAGUUCGAAGCAGAAUAUUCAAAGUUGGAUGUAAAAUGUUUAGAAAUAGAAGCAAAUCGUUCUGGUUAAAAACUAAUACUUUGAAACUCUCAAUGAAAUAUCCAAUAUGAUAUUCUUAUACGUUUUAGCAGUGAGACGUAAUUUUGAUUUUCUGACGUUAUUAAGUGACUUUAGCUAAGUCACUGAACUGCUUAACAUUUUGUAUUAAAAAAAAAGUUGUAAAAAUUGUACGAUUGGGUACAAAAACAGUCUACUUACAUUUUCAGAAAUUACUCAUUUACAUUAUUUAUCCAUACAGUAAUUCAUAAAAUAAAUUAUGAAAAUAAAAGAAGACUGUUCUUGUAGCCAAUCACUCAAUUGUUUAGAAUUUAGAUCACAGUGGAUAAAUGGAACUACAGUAUUAAGUCAGUAAGACUGAUAAACGAAUUAUCAAAGUUUUUAAACUUACCCGUGAUACUUGUAAGCCAUAAUAAAUAUAUUAUGUUAUGUCUAGCUGAAAUCCAGCUGUAUAUUUUUAGUUCAAAGUUAUAAACAUUAAGUACACCUGUUCAAUAUAUAUAAAUAUAUAACUUUCGUCUAUAUAUACGUGCAAUUCUCUAUGCAAUCAUCCUCUUCUACGUUUUGUUUAAAACCCAUAUGAAAAUAACAGGGUUGAAAUAAACACGGUAAUUCUUGUAGAAUACAACA